UUAGAAAGGGAUACAUCAUGAAAAUAUGCUAAAAAUUAUCAAAAUCCCACAGUUGUGCUCAGUUGUGGGUUGGGCUGGCCAGCUCUCCUCUGAGGGAGUGCAGGGCCAGAGUUAAUUAGGCAUAUUUAAUCACCUGAAGUCACUCUCUCUGACACCAUUUAACCCCCUUGUAAAUGGGUUAUUAUUACUUCUAAAAUCCCCUCUGUGGAUUCAGGCAUGAAAGGGCUAUUUUAGCUCUGCAAAGUGAAAUCCUGUCGAAAUGCAUAAGAAUGCAUCCCCCCCUUCCCCUCAGUAAUAAAGAAAUACUAGUCUCCUCUAUUCUAACCAUCAUUUGCUUUGUGUGGAAUUAGUAAAGACUUCUGUUUUGUAUAAACAAUUCUCUUGCCUGUGAAAGAUUAGACAUUCAGGGCUUGAAUAUGUUUUAAUUACAUUUGCUAUCUUUAUGAUUAUAAUAUCACAGAGCUCUGCUCUUUACGUGAGGCAAUCAGUGAAAUUAAUUCCACGAUUUGAGGAAUACAUGCUGUGUUUAUUCAUCUAUGAAUGUCUGUGAUCAUCUGGUAAUUUGUUUUUGCUCCUGAAAAAUAAUCAGAGUUCUUGACUCCAGAAAGAUGUGGGGUGGCUAUAAUGAUGGGGACCAGCAAGGUCAUGUGAGUGCACGAAUGGAGACCAGCUUACCCAUGGGUACCACCAGUAUUUCUGUAUCCCAGCAACAGGCUCCUAAGAAGUUUGCUCCUGUUGUGGCUCCCAAGCCCAAGUUCAACCCCUAUAAACAACCCGGGGAUGCAACACACGAGGGAGCUGAUCUCCACAAACCAAUAAAAGGACCUGAGAAAACUCUAGAAGAGAGACGUUCUAGUCUGGAUGCUGAGAUCGACUCUCUGACCAGCAUCCUGGCUGACCUAGAGAGCAGCUCACCAUACAAACCACGCAUGCCACAGAAUUCUGCCAGCCCAGCUGCGACAGGCUCCAGCACCCCUGUUACAGGCUAUCGGCGCAUGAUCAUCCCACCUCAACCCCCUCUAACCGCCACUAAGAAAUCCACCCCAAAACCACAGGCCCCUCCGACCGUCCCUCCUCCGGCUUCAUCAUCUCCACGGCCCCAAUACCAGCCUGCUCCCCAGCCUGUCCCAGCAUCCUACACCACCGCCUCUACUCCUAGCCAGCCCACCUUCAAUGUUCAUGUCAGGGCCGCCCAGCCUGGGCCUCAGCAGCAGCCGGUCCGUGGUCCAGCCCAGGUUCAGUACAUGCCGGCUCAACCCAGAGGCCCUGAUUUUGCAUAUGGGCCUCCGCAGCCAGGAUUCUGCCCUGCUCCGUCUGGAGGCUACCAGGACCAGCACUAUGGUGGAGCUCCUGCUUAUGGAGGUCAGAAUACAUGGAGAGCUGAGCCAAGUCACCAUGCUGCUCCUCCACCCAGCCAAGGGUACCAGCCCGCUCCCCCGACAAAAACCUACAUCACUGACCCUCCUGCCAGCCUGACACCUUUCGGCGGUGGGCCUUCUGCUCCUCAUAAGGGUCAUCCUGAGGAGGAACUGGACCGUCUGACUAAGAAGAUGCUGUAUGACAUGGACAAUCCCCCCUCUGAGGAGUAUUUUGGUCGCUGUGCAAACUGUGGGGAGAAUGUGGUCGGUGAGGGAACGGGUUGUACCGCCAUGGACCACGUCUUCCAUGUGGACUGCUUCAUCUGCAUGACCUGUGGCUCUAAGCUCAGAGGAAAGCCCUUUUAUGCCGUGGAAAAGAAGGCCUACUGCGAACCCUGCUAUAUCAACACCCUGGAGACCUGCAACAUAUGUAGUAAGCCCAUAAUGGAGCGUAUCCUGCGUGCAACUGGGAAGGCCUAUCAUCCCCAGUGCUUCAUCUGUGUGGUCUGCCAUCGGAGUCUGGAUGGUAUUCCCUUUACUGUGGACGCCUCCAACCACAUCCACUGCAUUGAAGACUUCCACAAGAAAUUUGCCCCUCAUUGCUCUGUGUGUAAAGAGCCCAUAAUGCCAGCACCUGGCCAGGAGGAGACAGUGCGUAUUGUGGCUUUAGACCGUGACUUCCAUGUGCAGUGUUAUCGCUGUGAGGAUUGUGGCUGUCUUCUCUCUGAGGGAGACAACCAAGGUUGCUACCCUCUGGAUGGCCAUGUUCUCUGCAAAAACUGUAACACCAUUCGCAUCCAGGCCCUCACUGCUAAGGCUACGACUGACCUCUGAGUAACACACAUAUCUACAUGCAGGUCCCUAAUAUUCCUGCAUUCAUCAAAGCCUGAGAAACACCAUAUCCUGUCACAUCACUGCACACUAAUAUUUAUGCUCAGACAAAUGCACAUGUACACAUAAAGCUAUCAUUCCACUUAAGGGGCCACGACUUGUCUUGUCGCUCAUGCACCUCCACACACUGUGCCUUGUAUUAAAAUUGCACUCAUUUUUUCUGUCCAACCAUUUUUAUUAGCAGAUGUAUUCACCAGUGCCCACUACAGCUGUAAACGAAUUAGGCCUUAACAUAUAGAGCAAGACUGUUAGAUUCUAACUGAUGUUCACAGCGCUGUUCAACUGGGAAGUGGGAUGUUAAGAAACCCUCACAGAACAUCAUAGAAUCUGCCUCUAAAAAGGGACAAUGCUAGGGGACCUCGAAAAAGGGAUCGCUGUGCAUUCCAGUAUGUAUCCAACCUACAGCUUUUAUUUUAUUUUUAAUCUUUGCGUGAUAUUGUCACUUUCCAAAUACACGUUCACAUAGAGCUACUAGUAACACAUGAAGUCACACAAGUAUACAUUCUCUGCAAUGGCUUUAUGAAAUAAUUGGAAGUUUUCAUUACGCAUCAUUCAAGCUUGUUAAACAUAUUUUUAAUCUCCUUAUGGCGGCUGUGAUAUUAGAGGUUUCAUGUUUGCUAAGGUACACAAGUCAGUAUAGAAAGACCUGGACCUUCACCUUGACUUAUGCAUCACACCUGCUUCAUCGGUAUGUUUUUGUGUACAUACUCUACAGGUGUAUGUUUGUGAAUGCAUAGCCUUUCGAUUUACAUUUCUGAAUUCACCCUUUGAGAUGAAAGUUACCAAAGAGCUACAUUUACUUUCUCUGGGACAGUGUGUAUGUAUAUUAUUGUAUGCUUAUGAAAUCUAAUGGGAAGAGUAUUUUAUCCUUUAAGGACUGUGAAUGAUCUUCAGUAGCUCAGAAGCCUAAAUACGUUGUGGUUCAUUCAGUGCGGUUUCUUCCUCAGUGUACCACUUCAAUUCAAGUGGAUUUAGCAAGAAAUAUUCUGCGCUUGGAACUUUUUUGUGGUUUGGUGUUAUUUUUAUUUUUUUCGAAUUGCGCUCAGCUAUCUCAUUUAUUUGUAUAUCAUGAGUAAAAAUGGUGAAAAGGUCUAAGGAUAAAAUAUAUGUAUUUAGAUAUGCACAGUGAAUUGUGCAAUAAUGUCACGGCAGAUUGAGAAUCGUUUGGUAUUAAAUAAAAAUUCUCAGAGGAAAAACUGUCAGAUUAGAUUUACAGUGUGACAAUCAGGGCUGAAAGGAUGUUGGAAUUGUGUUUUAUUUUAUCUAAUUUGAUCUAAGACUUUUAGGGCUGAUGAGAGACAGCCUGGUGACCGAUAUUUGAAAUAUCCUCAAAUUGUGAAUUUAUUGUAGUAUUAGUUAGAGUAGAGAUUUAUUGUAGUAUCACGUAAGAUAUAGAUAGACAUGAAAGUAUUAUUAGAACUAGGAAAACCAUUUAGGGAGAAUCAUUUUUCUUUCGUAAUUUUAUAUAUGGACAAUAUCAUAAUGCAAAUUUCUUCUUUGUUGUUGCAUUGACACUUUACUAAGAAGGAUAUGCAGACAUUUUUUAUAUUCGAUGAGAAAGUGUUCGAGCUGUUCUUAAAGCUACAAUACAUACAGUUUGGGAAAAUCUGAAAUUAUGUAUA